UUUAACUGUUAACUGCUGGACAUAUGUGCAUGCAUUUAAUAAAGAAACACACUGAACAGUGAGGAGACAUGGAAGCUGUGCUGGGAUUGAUGCUGAUUCUCCUGGGAGUGUCUCAUGGUGUGGAAACUCACUGUGAUGGCAGACAGGAUGGAGCUCAGUGUUAUGGAGCUUUGGGAGGAAGUGUGGACAUCCAGCUGAUGGACAGCACCUCUGAAAUAUCUAGAUACCGAUUAUUAACGAAUUCAUUAGUAAUACUAUUUGUCAGAAAUAAUAAGGUUAUUUCUAAUACCAUAGUACAUAGAUCUAGCUUUUUUCCCAGAAAUGGAAAAUUUAGGAUCAAUAACCUGAGCAGGAACGACAGUGGUGAUUAUACCCUUCAAACCUUUGAUUCUGAUGGAAGAUCAUCAGGUGUGCGGACUUUACAGCUGUUCAUUCAAGCUCCUGUGACCUCUGUCUUGAUGGUUUCUGAGUGUCUAUCCCAGGGAGAGAGGAGGGUGUCCUGCUCCUAUGAGGGAGGGGACAGUCCUCAGUACAGCUGGACUCUGGAUGGACGCACACUGACAGAUGCUGAGCUCCUUUCUGUAAAUAAUGAGGAUGACAUCAUCACUCUGAAACAGCACGUCUCAGGACAUCUGGUCUGCUCAGUCAGGAACAACGUCAGUAAUGUCUCCAAAGAAGAGAAGAUAUCUACCUGCGGUGUGGAAACUUACUGUGAUGGCAGACAGGAUGGAGCUCAGUGUUAUGGAGCUUUGGGAGGAACUGUGAACAUCCAGCUGAUGGACAGAACCUCAGAAAUACCUAUAUACAAACUGUUAAAGAAUUCAUCAACAAUACUAAUUGUCAGAAAUAAUAUUGUUCUUUAUAAUACCAUAGCACACAGAUCUCUCUUUUUUUUGAGUAAUAGAACAUUUAGGAUCAAUAACCUGAGCAUUACAGACAGUGGAAAAUAUACCUUUCAAACCUUUGAUUCAGAUGGAAGAUCAUCAGAAAUGUGGACUUUACAGUUGUUCAUUCAAGUAAUCCAGUGCAAACUGAGACCUCCGACUCAGCCUCUGGAUCCAACGCAGCCAGUGCUUUAG